UCACUGACCCUAGUUCACUCAUUUGUUAAAAUCAGUUAGGCCCUGCCUGAAAGUGCAUUUUGGUGUGCAAAUCAAGGUAUUAAUAUUGACAACUUACUAGGAUCCCAGGAUCUCUGCCAUGUAUAUGGAUUCCACAAUCAAGGCAUCAUAAGAAAUUCGAAAAUAUGAUGUUCGACCCUCCAGAUUUUCCUUACAAAGAAUUAUGUGAUACUCUUAGAGAUCAGUAUGAUACCGACGACCUUCUUUUGACUCAUGACACCACACAUGGCGAUCUUGUAUCCAGCAACAAAAGUCUGGCAGAAGUAACCGAGCAAAUGAUUACCAGUGUUGAGAAUCAGUUAUCUUUUCAUUCGAACGACAAUGGCCGAUUCUUCAACGUUGAAAAUAAUUCCUUUUUAGAUACGAACAGCAGCACUCAGAAUACAGAACUCUACAUCGUUCAGCCAUCAGAUAAUUUGUUUAACUAUGAACCUAAUUUGUUAGAUGAAAAUACGGUUAAUCAGUUUUUGUUACCGCUGCAAAAUUCUUCUGAAAAUAAUAAGGAUGCAGAAAGCACUGGCCCGGACUUACUAGCGUUACAUUCUUGCGUUAUAUGCCACGAUAUAUUUACCACUGACUCUGACCUCUUGGACCACACCAUCUCUGUCCACGCAUCGGAUACGCCUAUAGACCAAAGGCAAAAUAACUUACCUGACCCUAGUCGACCAGAACCUUUGCCUAUUGAAGAAUCAAGCAACGGGAGCAUAGACUUCGAAGCCGAGUGGCUGGUGUGUUCUGUCUGCUCUCGAGUUUUAUCUACUGCUUUGGAAAUAGAACCAAGUGAACAACUGUGCUGCAACCCUGGAGCGGACAAGCCCAGCGUAUCGUCCCGCAAGCUGCAUACAAUGUACGUGUGCGACUUUUGCAGUGGUCUUUUCGCCGACGGAGAGGCCCUCGAUAGGCAUCGGUUGACAUGCUUUAUUCAGGAUCAACCGACUUAUUUCCCUGAUCAAUUGAACACAGCAAAUGUACCCUCCACACAAAGUCCCGAAGUUUUGUUUUCCUGCGACUCUUGCGGCAAGCAAUAUGUUUCCACGGAAGAACUGAAGAUCCAUACCAUAGAAUGCCAAAGACCCGUACCAGUUUCUCGUAGGAGUGAUAGACGAGCGUAUACAACUGCGAACAGCAACAAAAUGUGGAAUUGCGGAUCUUGCAAUCAAUUGUUUGCUACUGCUAGAGAACUAUAUCGUCACAAACGUGGCGAAGACCGGCCACCAGGGGCUCCCCUUAUGGCGUAUGUCUGCGAGGAAUGUGAUAAAGUUUUAGGAAGUAUGUGUGCAUUGCACACACAUAAAAAAAUGCAUAAGGUUUCUAAACCGGGUUACCCGUGCCGCGUGUGUGGACGCCGCUUUAACCAGUCGGGCCACCUCGCUAUCCACAUGCGCAUGCAUACUGGCGAGCGGCCUUAUCCUUGUGACCUCUGUCCCAAGGCCUUUAAAGUCAAGGUGGAGCGCGACGAUCACCGGCGCACGCACACUGGCGAGCGGCCCUUCGCGUGCAGCGCCUGCCCUAAGACGUUCACCGCCGCCGCACGCUUGCGUGAACAUGCGCGCAUUCACACUGACCAGAGACCAUAUCGAUGCGACAUCUGUGGCGCGGCGUUUCGCCGGCCGUACGCCCGCACCGUGCACACCCUUAUUCACACCGGAGAAAAACCACACGAAUGUGAUAUCUGCGGCACUGCUUUCAGACGUUCUGGCGAUAUGUGGAAACACAAGAGAACAUUACAUGGCAUCCAAGCUACGGCCCCAGAGGUUUAAUAGAAUACGACGUCAGAUUUUUUAAAUAUUUUACAUCUUGAGACAAGCUUUAUAGUGGUAAGGAAUGGAAUAAAUUUAAAAUGUACCCCUGGUUUAAUAAAGGCACAUGUAAUAAAUAAUACGUCAAAUGCGCUUUUAUCAUAUGAAAGUAUAAAAAUUAUAUGGAAUACAUGAAACAAAUUAUGUAUAUGUGAAAUUUUAUAACUCUCCUAUUUAAGCAUAACAAUGCUAUCGGUUAAUUUUUUUUCGGAGAAUCUUUAAGCCUCUGUUCCAAAAAACAUGGCCAUUUUGUGAACGUGACCUUAUUACACUAAGGGUGCGAGCAUCCAUUAUUUUU